AUGAAGGUCUCCGCAGCGCUUCUGUACCUGCUGCUCACUGCUGCCACCUUCAGCCCCCAGGUGCUCGCCCAGCCAGAUGGGAUUAAUAUCUCAACCACCUGCUGCUAUAGAUUUACGAAGAAGAAGAUCCCCAUCCAGAAGCUGAAGAGCUAAAGAAGAAUUACCAGCAGCUAUUGUCCCCGGGAAACUGUGAUCUUCAAGACCAAACUGGCCAAGGAGGCCUGUGCUGACCCCAAGCAGAAGUGGGUCCAGGAUCUCGUGGAGUACCUGGACAAGAAAACCCAAACCCCAAAGCUAUGA